AUGGAAUCGCCCACAGCAGAUCCGGAUACACAGGCUGAGGUAGAUCUUAUGAUACUGGAUUACCUCCUGUGCAUGGCCAUUGACCAAGUCCUGGACUCCGGGAAUGGUAAAGUUGAAGAUGACACUAGCUGGAGUCUCGAUACGAUCAACACCAUCAAGACUGCACUCUUACCAUCGGACACUCUUUCCAAAGACAUGCAGAUAAAAACCCAGAUACUAGAGCUCGCACAAUUGUUCAGUGAUGGCAAUGGAAAAACAGAGCGAAGCAGAGGUCUUGCUACUGAAUUGUCGCAGGAAGACCAGCGCAGGAGUCCAAUUACACGAUCUGGAAAAAGCACCCCCCAACCAUACCAGCCCCAUGAAAGCGACAAACUACCCGCCCAUGAUACCCGGGUUGUCGCCGUUGAUAGAUCCUUCAAUGCGCUAGUCCGAUUUGUCACCCUUUGCGGCACUGCGAGAGACAAUUUACCAGAUGGACACGCUGAUAUUGCUGCGAAGUUAAUAACCGAAGCUGCACUGAACGAGUACCACACUGCGGGUGUUAAGGCGCCAGGCAGGUACAGAGAAUGCAUUGAACGUGUCACUGCGUGCCUGCGAGAAGCCUCGGAUCCGUAUGCAGAGCAGGUAAAUCUAGCAUACCUGAGCACCCUGUUACCAUCCAUCGACCUUGCAUCAGCCGAGUCGGAAGGAUCUGGGCAAAAGUCACCACGCGGAGAUACUAUUACCCGCUCGGUACAUCGUUUCCUGACCGACCUCAUGAAGACACUAGACCCUCCAAUACUCAUUCAACUCGAGAGAGGGAAACUUGGAGGACUGAGCCGUGAAGAGACCCAGCAGUUGAAGGACAGGAUAGGGCUUUGA